AUGCCUCGCCUUUCCACCCUUCACUUGGUUUCGCAAAAUACAGAUGUGACUGCCCCUCUCUCGAUCUCUGAGCUGACGUGUCCAGCCCUAUCGGAGCUGCACACUGACGCCGCGAGCUUCAUUGAUAUCUUCAGAGAAAGACGUGCCUAUUGGUUGUACGACCUUGACCUCCGCCUCACCAAGUUCAAGCCAGCGGACCCGAAAGAGGGCAUAGAUCCAGUUGAGCUUCUCGAUUAUCUGUGCGAACUUAGUCAGAACAAGAAGCUCUGGCUCGACAUCGAAGACGUUGACUUCGACUUCGACACCUCGCCCACCGCGCUACCGAGCCACGUCAUUUUGAUGAACUUGGAGGGGUUUGGGCUCCACGACCUCAAGGAAUCCUUUGUCUCCCUGAUCUGCGGCAUCGUCCACUCUCCAGACCUCGAGCAAAUCGAAAUCUCCCGAUGCGGCAUCAGCUCUAGUGUCUUGCUACUGCGCAUGAUGCAGGGCUUUGAAGGGUGGAAGGUCUACAUCGAAGACUGCCCUGGCUUCAACGAUUGGGUACUCGGCGCCAUGGCCUUUUCGUGCAAAGGAGAGCAGCAGAUUGCGUGCCCGUCUAUAGCCUCUCUCGAAAUCAAGGGGUGUACAUUCUCGCAUGAUGCUCUGAAGUAUAUGUGCGAGAUGAGGCUGGGUGUUGGCGCCAUCGAGGAGCUGGAUGUCAGCAAUGCUGUAUUUCCACUCGAAGAGCAUCUUGGGAAAUGGUUUGAAGAGAACGUCGAGAGCUUCUCGUGGGAGUUAAGAGAGAUAGAUGGCAGUGGUGAAGAAAGUCCGCUUAUCUAG